UGUGUCUCUCUCCACGCGAACCCAUUGUUUCAUCUUGUCUUCUAGAAUGCCUGGGAUUAUGUGGCGCACUGGGUUGGCGAUGUAGUAUAAUUCUACGUUGAUAAUUCCCCACCCUCCUUCUGAGGAGGGGAGGUGCAGGUUCUCCGUUCAUGCUAAAAUCAGGAGAAAGGCACCUCCAGGAUGAGGCCUGCGCUGCUGUUGGUGUUGGGACUGUCUCCUGCCUGCAUAUUCCCAGUCGCUGCGCACAUCCCUGUGCAGUCAGACUUCGAGCCCCGAAAGGUUGCAGGCUUAUGGCAUCCCGUCGCAAUGGUUUCCUCUACACCCGAGGUGCCGGAACGCGACAAUCUGACAGCGCAGAUGGACCACCGUGUGACGGUUUCUGAUAGCGGCGACUUGAAACUCACUGCUAACGUUAUGCUGAAUGGCACCUGCACCCAAACAACCAAGAACUUAAUGCACACCAACCGACCCGGUAUAUUCCAAGUUCCCAACAAAUCCACAGUUCACGUCAUGGCUGCUGAUUAUGAUAGAUAUAUAAUUUUCCAUGUGACGUUGCACAGUUACGCGGCGAUGUAUCUGUCUGGUAGGAGACUGGACGUUGGAGGCGCCAUUGAAGAUAAAUUCAAGGAUUUUGCCUUGGCUCAAGGAUUUCCCGAGGGGAACAUCAGAUUCUUUGAAAGAGCCGAACAAUGCACUCCACAAGUGGAUUAAUUCCUAAUACCCAGAAAUGGCAUUUCUUUACUGUGUGUGUGUAUGUGAAUAUAGAAUCAUUGGUGAAUAAUCAGAAACACUUGGUAAUAGUUACUCUGUCUGGAUGAUGGUGACAAUGAUGAUGGAUCGACGUCUUCCCCUCCCUGUCUCUGACCUCUAAAAGUUGAUGCUGCAACAACAAGAAGAACAAACCUUCCUUCAGGUUCCCCCUCCCCCCCCAAACUGAUUUUAAAAUAAAUCUAUAGCUCAGA